UAAAAUGAAUGGAGCGAAAAUCGCCAAACCCUAUUUCUCUCUCUCCAUCUUGCUUGCCAAGAAAUCUAUAAAAUGAAUGGAACGAAAAUCGCCAGACCCUACUCCUCUCCUCUCCUCUCCUCUCUCUCUCUCUCUCUCUCUCUCUCUCUUCCUGUUGCUUGCUUACCUUACGCGAUCGGUCUGCAUUUGUCACUGUGUUCGUAGCUUUUUGCUUUGCUCUUGCAGGCUUGACUACUGAACUGUUCUGAGAUCAAAUAAUUUUUCUUAGCAUAGUGAUUAGUGAAUCCAUGCUUCUGCAAUAGAAAAGAUGGGUUCAGGAUUGGAUUCUCACCAUCACCAUCAGUAUCGUCCUUCCCAUCGAAAACCUUCUCAUGGACAGGAGCAGGAUAGUGAUGACCUCCUUCUUGAGGUGAACCCAAAACCGAAGCUAACCUUAAAGGGAAAGAAGAACCCAAGAGUAACUUCACAAGGUAAGACGGAGGAUAAAGAUAAAGAAUCAGAAAUGUUUAAUGAACAGCUCGUGACCGCCUCAACCCCAAGGAUCUGUGUCAAUUGCAAGACCUCCAAGACCCCUUUAUGGAGAAGUGGCCCUCAUGGUCCUAAGUCCUUGUGCAAUGCUUGUGGGAUAAGAUAUAGAAAGAGGAGGAGAAGAGAAUUUGAGUUUCACAAAAUGGGGAAAGGCAUUUCCAUGAAGGAGAAGAAAAAGAAUGGACAAGUAGUUGACAAGGAGAGAGUGCCACUUCUGUUACAGGGAAAGUUUGCAGGAAAAGAAGAAGCAGAGGCAGCUCUUUUGUUAAUGGCUUUGUCUUGUGGGCUUUGCAUUCGUUGAUUAAUCAUCACUACCCUUCUCUGAUGUGAAAGUUUGGAGGCUUUUAUGUUUUGGCCUUUUCGGGUGGUGAAUGGCUUUACCCACCCUUUUUAGCUGUUCUCUGUCAGUGAAAAGAGAACAGAAACACAAAGGUCCCUUUCCUCUCCCAAGUCCCCACUCGCAAAUCUUUGUGCCCCACUGUUUGCAUUGUAAUGCCCUGCAUAUUGACAUGACUUGGUGAGGUGGAGUGGUUCUUUGUUUUGUUCUGUUUGGAUUUUCUUUUGUCCUUCCCUGAUAAAUAUAGAGGCUGAGUCAGAUGAGUUUCUGUAACAGUUUUUUCUGUUUCUUUGUUCUCUUCCUUCACAACACCCCUUUUUCCUAAUGAAAAUACUCCCUUUUCCUUAAAGGUAAUGGUGGUUUGAGAGGAUA